ACUUGCCUCCGUGCACAUUUGACACGUUGUAGAUGGCAGAAAGAGAUACAAUGAACAUUAGCAGAAUAAAGGUGCUAGAGAUACAGAAGAGAGCCUGCUUUGCUCUACUAAUGAGCUAUUAAGAGCAAGAUAGGACUCAAGUCUCUCCCCCUCGGCCUCUUUUGCAGCCAAAACACACUUUGUCUACUAAUGGGUGUAUUAGCAGAGUAAGAACGCAAUGGUGUUAUUUGGGACUGGGAGUGGCAAGUGUAAUCUAUUAUUGAUGUAUGUUUUACCCAAUUACAGUAAUAUAUUCCAAGGUUUUUUUUGUUGAAUCUGGAGAAUACAUAUACUUGAAUCAGAAGUACCUAGACGUUAGUGCCUUUAUUUUUAUAUUAGCACAUUUAUUUAACAGGAGAAAGUACACUGACCAGUCACAGUUUUGUGAUGUAGUUUUACAAACCAAUUACGGUAAUAAUUAGUAAUUACGGAAGCAUCCAUAUCGGUUUAACGGCCAAUAUCAGAGAUUUUUUUAUUUAGUGAUAUUGAUAUUUAGUUGUGCAUGCUAUACUCUCUUAAAGUGGACAUUUUUAACACUGUUAAAUGUCACACUUUUAUACUGUAUAUAUUAAAUUGUGAUGCCUAAAUUCACUGUUUAAAAUGAAAUAUAGAAAAAUAGUAUAGCAUUUUAAUAUCAGCCACUUAUUGGUUAUCAGCUAUAACAUUAAAACUAAACAGAGACAUUUUAUGAAGCAGACAGGUAUUCUAUAUUUAAAAUUAAAGUAGUGAUCAUAGUCUUGGCUUUUUGCCAUUGUUCUUAUGCACACCUGUUUUGUUUUAUCCAUAAUCCACAGGAGGUUUUGAAAAUCUUGGAGUUUUGAUAGCUGUGUAACCCAAAUGCUGCAUUGCCCAGACUCAAAUGAGCUGCACAAAAUGUGUUUUCCCAUCUUCAGGAGAAAAAGAAGGAGAAAUCUUCGCAGAGGAUAAGUAAGUGACUAUGGAAGUCCGCUACAGCCAAGACUCAGAGUCCGGAAUGCUGCUGAAGAAUGGACUAAAAGAGGGGAAGGAGGGAAAGGAUUCUCAGGGGAACAUUUCAAAAACGUUCCUGAAGGACCAGCAGGAGUCCUUCUCUCCAUCCGGACCAGUGGAAAACUGCGAAAAGAGCCGGACAAGCUCAGGAGAUCCUGACUACUGCCGGAGGAUUCUAGUUCGAGAUGCCAAAGGUUCGAUUCGAGAGAUUAUUCUCCCCAAGGGUUUGGAUCUAGACCGACCAAAGCGUACUAGGACCUCGUUCACAGCAGAACAGCUGUACAGACUGGAGAUGGAGUUUCAGCGGUGCCAGUAUGUUGUGGGACGAGAACGAACCGAACUUGCCCGACAACUUAACCUGUCUGAAACUCAGGUGAAGGUGUGGUUCCAGAAUCGCCGCACUAAGCAGAAGAAGGAUCAAGGGAAGGAUUCAGAGCUGCGCUCCGUGGUCUCUGAGACAGCCGCCACCUGCAGCGUCCUCCGCCUCCUGGAGCAGGGCCGGCUCCUCACUCCCCCAGGCCUGCCAGGGUUGCUGCCCCACUGCGGGAGCUCGUCACUAGGCUCAGCCCUGCGUGGGCCGUCCCUGGGCAUCACCGCUAAUGGAGGCUCCUCCAGCAGCAGUAGCAGCAGCGCGGCCAGCUCAGGCACAGCUGGGGGAAGCCCACCGCUGCCAGCGGUGACCAGUUCGGGGACAGUCACGGGGCUGCAGGGAUCUCCGCCUGCCCACGGGCUGUUUAGCUUUCCUAUGCCCUCUCUGCUUGGAUCGGUCGCCUCACGCAUCUCCUCCACCCCGCUCGGCAUGGCCGGAUCCCUCGCAGGGAACUUGCAGGAACUUUCUGCCCGCUACCUGAGCUCCUCCGCCUUUGAGCCCUACUCGCGGACCAAUGGCAAAGAAGUGCUAGACAAGAAAGUUUUGGAAUGAUCACUAGGGGUUUCUUUUUGUCUUUGUUGUUGUUGUGGCUUUGAAAUUAGAAUCUGAAACAAGCUCUGAUUAUCUCUCUUUUUUUUAAUCACUUUCACCCCCUUUUGUCCCAUCAGUGCUGUUGUAUUUUCAGUCUCGCGUUUUUUUUUUUUUUCUUUUUCAUGUGUCAACUUGCACACUUGAUGCCUCUCAGAACUGUAAAAAAAAAGGUGGACUCAUACUUUUCAAAAACGAGGAUUUUCAGAGCUUUUUGCACUAAAUCAAAGUUUCUCCAAAUUUGACACAAACGAGAGCUUGAGGAAGGAAUGUAGCAAGAGAUUAUGGAGGGGAAGAGAGAUGAAAAUGCUUUCUGAGGCAAUAUGUUCGGGGCACUUUUUUUGCCCGUACACCUUUUUUGGAGCUGGACAGUUGUAUACAGAUUAAAAACUAAUCUGAAAGCUGCUGGGUUAAAAAAAAAAAAAAAACAACAGUACAGAACAUAGACCCCCUGAUAAAAACUCAACUCGUGGCAACAUUGUUCAUGUUUUCAGUUUGAAGAGUGGUGUAACUGUGAUUUUUACAGAGUUGCCUUUGCCAAGUCUCAAAUAAUGAAAGAUAUAUAUUAUAUCCGAACUCAUUUCGAAAGGUUAGCAUACAAUACAGUCAUACUGUGGCUUUAUAUACACAGAGGGCGUGAAUUUGCUAUAUCAAAUGUCUUUACCAUUUUGUAUUUGUUUGGUUAAACAUGUUCUGACUAAAUCGAAGGGAAACGCUGUCACACCGUUAAAUAGUCCAAUAGUCCUGUGUUGUUCUCUAAAUGGUUUCUGUGAGGGUGCUCCCCAAAACGAGUUUUGAAGGCAGUCUCAGUUUGUGAGUUUGUAUGUCUUAAAUAUGCAGUUUUUCCUCCUCUCUGUGUGUGUGCUGGUACUAAAGUUGUAGUCCUGGUUUCCAUGUUUAGGUGCGUGUUUAACUGAAAACCUUUCGAGAAAAGUCAAGAUGUCAUUUCCUGGAAUUAAGCUCCGGAGUAUCGACAAGACCCCAUGCGUUAUCGGACUAGACGUUUUGCCGUGAGCAGCAACCCCUGUACCAAUGCGGCAAAGUUUUCCAGAAGAAUUCGACACCCUUUCUAUUAUCAGAGCGGAAAUGAGGCGGAUCUCUGAUGGACGAACAGGAUAUGAUUACUGUAGUAUAAAAGCAAGAAGAUUGAAUAACUAAAAUUGUUAUUUUAUUGUAAAUUAUUCACGUCUGUAAUAAAUAGAUCAUUAGUAUAUCUGCAAAUAAUGAAAGAAUGAAUGUAUGGGCGGGG